GUCGCACCCCCCCUGGGCAUUUACUGUUUUUGGGGGGCCGAUGUAAGUCGCUGCUCGUUGUGGGCUUCCUGGUAAUUUCCCCUGGUGAAAGGCGAGGCCCGCGGUGUGGCGGCUGGGGGAUUUCUUCGCUGGCCGCGUGUCCAUCGAUGGUCGGAGGCUCGUGCGGCAAGGAGAGGGGCUGGGGUGGUCUGCGGCGUGCUGGGCGGCAUUUGGAGCUUCUGGGGCGAGCGUUCCGGCUGCCCCCCCUCUUCCGCUCUUGCUGCUGGUGGGGUUGGGCCGCCGCGGGUGCCGCUUGUGCGACUGCGUCGGCGGCGCUGUUGGCGGAGGUGGAGGUUGCUGUGGGUCGUAUUGGAGCUGCGCGGACGCCGGACGGAGGGGGACGGAGCUUCUAUCCCGGUCCUGUUGCAGCUGCCGUCUCUGGUCGGUGCGUUGGGGCCGGCCUUCUUCGUCGGUUUCGUCUCUCGCUGAUUGAUGUGGGAGGCAAUUUGGGGGAGUUGGUCAAGCUGUCUACGGUCCAGGCUUCUGGUGGGGAUGACUGCGUUUGGAGGAGGUGUGCUUCAGCUACGUCUGCGCCUCAUGUGGUCGCUUCAUCCUGGUGGCCGGCUCACCUGGUGAAUGCGUCCCUUUGUGUUCGGGCAUGUAUUUGUGCCUUUAUUCUGUGAUUACCGUGGUGUGUCGCCGGCGUAUUUAGGGAUUGGAUGUGUGUUGCGCUUGCUGGGGCCUUUUGUAAGUCCUCUUUUUUUUUCCUUCAGCAUUGGUUUUUCCUGUACGGAAAGGAAGCCUGUUUAAUUAGCUGCUACCAUCUCCGUGCAUGAUAAGUGGAGUUAUGUUUGUAAGCUUAGUUUGGUUGAGCUUCUUUCCCUGUAUUUUCAUGGUGGACGAGUCAACGUUUGUUAUGGUUGUUAAACAUGUACUCAUCCGUCUAAUCCUUAUCUAUAAGAACAUAAUCGCUAAGCUAUGGAUGCUUCGGCCGCACUCUCUACUCAGCUAUCUGUUUCUUUGAAGGCCCGAUACAAAAGAAAGUGUUCCAUUCUUUUCGGCGGCAUCCUUCCGCAUUGGCGGCGAGUGGAGUGCCACAAUCCCAUUCAUCGUCUUGCCUCUGCUGAUACUGGUCAUGGGGACAAGAACUCCGUGGGAAGAGAGCAGAUACCAAUCCUAAACAACCCUUAGAAUGGCCUCAUCCAAACGGAUGAUUGUCAUUGAUAAGACGGGCAGGUGGAGUCAACGACGGUUGAAACUUCCAGGAAAAAACUUCGAAUUGGGAGGGCGAUCCCUAAAUAAAGGGCGGGCGCCGAAAAGGAAGCAGUGACGCCUUUUCGACGAAAGCUUAGCUUGGUAGGCGCAGCUUACUCACCCUACUCCCUUAGACAAUGCAAUGCUCUGAACACGAAAGUUUGCAGUUCAGCCCUCUUCUCCCAUGCAGAGUCGCAGGCAGCGCCUCGGAUAAAAGCACGGACGAGCCACAUGCAGGGAAACUUGCACGUGUGGUUCUGGCCGGGGACCCCGGUGCGCCAGCGGCGAGCAGAAGCAAGGUUAUUAGAUACCGAAGGAAAGCCCGGCCAGAACCACACGUGCAAGUUUCCCUGCAUGUGGCUCGUCCGUGAUAACUUCUUCUCGAAAAGUAUAAAUAGAUCCAAAGCAAAGAGUUUUUCCAACUUUUCUGUUAUGUUUUCAUCUAGGAUUUUUUUUAGUUGAUCGUUAUAGAUUAAUUCUCCGUGCUUCAUUUAGUGUUCAGACCAAAAAUGCUUGCUGCCGUUACUCAACAGUUUUCUGUUGAGGUCUAUCCCGUAGAGGUAGUCAAAUUGGAUCAGUGAUCGAUUUCUAGGUUUCGUCGUAAACCUUGUGUAAUUGUAACGUUGAGUACUGUAAACCGAGUCCACUCCUAGAUAAUAGGAUCUAGCAAGGCUCCUGGCCUGCGUGCCACAUUUUUAGGAGCGCUUGCUCUCUCCUGAGGGGAUAUAUGUAUUUGUACAUUUGUAACUUGAUGGUUCAGUGAAUAGAAAUCAUCUCUCCAACUUGGUAUCAGUUACCAGGCGCACCAUGGCCACCUCUCCCUCCACCGCCGCCGCUACGAGCUCUGCCACCUCCCCCGGCGAUCUCUCAUCCUCCUCGACGGCGCCUGCUGCGGCCUCCUCCACUGCUUCCUCCCCGCCGUUCGUCUUCGGCACAUCCCCCUCUCUCAUCAACGGCUCCUCCCCCGUUGCGGGCACCCAGUUUGCCCCCCUGUUCACCACCGCCGUUCCUCCUGCUCCUCCGUCGCCCGCUCCUCGCAACCCCAUCUUCCUGGAUCACAUCAAGUUCCUCCUCAACCCCGCCGACCACAAUUAUCACAAAUGGAAAACCUUCGUCCUCAUGGUUCUCGUCCGCUACGGCGUCUCCUACCUCGUCGAACACCCGCCGCCACCCAAUGCUUCCGCCACUUACCUCGAGCUCGAUGCCCACGUCGUUCUGUGGAUCUACGCCACCCUCUCGGACACCAUGUGUGAUCACGUCGGCGGCGCCACGACCACUUUCGCCCUCUGGAACAAGAUCCGCGACUACUUCCUUGCCAAUCGCGCCGCUCGCUUCAUGAUCCUCAACCGCAAGUACCGCAACCUCAAGCAGGGCGAUUUGUCUGUCUCCGAGUACGCUCGCCGGAUGAAACUCCUCACGGACGCUCUCGCCGACAUCGACCGUGCUGUCACCGAGGUGGACCUCACCACCCAGUUCCUCCAUGGCCUCGACAAGCGGCUCGACACGAUGCGGGUCGUCCUUGGUGAUCAGGACCUGCCCUUCGACACCGUCCUCUCCCGGGUCGUCCUGGCCGAGGAAUCCCAGGAGCAUCGCGCGGCCAAAGAGAGCACCUCCGCGUUCGCCCUGCCGAGUGGUGGCGCCUCUGGUUCCGGCUCCAGCACGGGUGGCCGUGCCCCGCCGGAUCGUGCGGAUCGCGCCCCUGCUGGCGCCCCGGUCGCUCCUCCACAACCGCUCCUCCACAGCCGCACCCGCACCCUGGCCGUGGCCGUGGUGACCGCGGUGGCCGUGGUCGUGGUCGUGGCCGCGGUCGUGGACGUGGCGACAACACUGGACGCAGCCACCCUGCUCCUCUCCUAGCGUCGCCCUUCACCGGCUACUUCGCGCCCUACGGGAUGGCGAUCCCCUCC